UCAAAACAUUGUGAAAUAUGAGGUCAUUUAAUCAAUUUAAAAAAACAAAAGAUUAACUGAAUAUCUAUUUUCUGCAGAUGUAAUACAUAGUAUUGAUGAGUAUUAAAAUUUAGGCGAACUGUUAUCAGAUGUAACAAUGGGUCCACCUUCCCCAACAAAUAUAGUGUUAUUGGCAUGUGGAUCUUUUAAUCCUCCUACUAAUAUGCACCUUAGAAUGUUUGAACUUGCCAGGGAUUAUCUUCAUCGUAUGGGACAAUAUGUAGUACUAGGGGGAGUAAUAUCUCCUGUUCAUGAUGGUUAUGGCAAAGAAGAUCUCAUACAUUCCAACCACAGACUUGAGAUGGUAAAAUUAUCCUUGCAAAAUCAUGAUUGGGUCAGUUAUUCUAAUUGGGAAUGUAACCAAGAGUCCUGGACUAGAACUAGAGAAGUUUUGCAAUAUCACCAAAAUCAUAUAAAUGCAGCAGUAAAUGAAAGCAUUAACAACCUGUAUGAUAUUAAUGAAAAUGAAUUAAGGUGGAUUCCAGAAACUAUUAGAAAUGGUGAUACUGGCCCUGUUAGAGUAAAAUUAUUAUGUGGUGCUGACCUUUUAGAAUCAUUUGGAACACCAGGUUUAUGGGCAAAUGAAGAUUUAGAAGAAAUUGUCGGAAGGCAUGGGCUUGUAGUUAUAACUAGAUCAAAUUCAAAUCCUGCAGAAUUCAUUUACAAUUCAGAUUUACUGACAAAAUAUAUGGCAAACAUCACAAUUGUAACAGAAUGGAUAACCAAUGAAAUUAGUUCAACUAAAGUAAGGAGGGCACUCAGAAGAAAUGAAUCAGUUAAAUACAUUUUGCCUGACAAAGUUGUAGAUUAUAUUCACAAAAAUGGUUUGUAUGGAUCACAAAAAACCCUGCCUCUUUAGUGCGACCUGCAUGUCUUUAGUUUCUUUCCAUAUAAGUAUCUGUGGUAUGCUUGUAAACUACAAGGUGAUAAUUCAAACUGUGUAUGCUACAAAUUAUGUUUUAGGCUUUUUAGAUAGAAAAAAAUACCAUCACAACUAAUGUUAAAAUGAUGACUUUUAUCGUAAGUGAUUAAAUAUUGUAAGUUAAUUUGUUGAUUUUUUAAAUUUCCUUAUUGUACUUAAACUUUUAUUAAACUGUUAUUUUAUUUGUUUUGUAAUAAAAGUGUCUGUUUAUUUUAA